UUAAUGAGCUAUAUAAUGGCAAAUAGCUGGUGGCAUGACGAUAUAGUUCGUUCUGGCUCUGUGGGCUAUCUAAUCUCAAUUCCAUAUAGCUAUGUUACCUUUGGCCAUACAUUGUAGCCUAGUAGACUUUGGCCACGCCUCGGUACGCGUACCCUAGUACAAGUAUUUACCAACGAACAUGAGAAGACUGACUUUCCGUGGCUGUUUUGUCCUAGUAAAUGUCGUAAUGCGCUUUAUUUCCAGCUGAGCACAAUGUUUAUAUCAACAAAAGCGCAUAACCGCGUCAUGGUUUCUACCAUCGCAUCUCUUCUAGGCUUACUCAUGGUUGGUGUUUGCGUUGAAAGCGGCAAUGUUUUGAUUUUACCCGGAGAGUAUAGUCACUGGCACAAUAUGCGUACGAUUGUGGAAGCGCUUGCAGAACGGAACCACAGCAUUACAGUAUUGGUAAACUCAGCCUCACCAUCUGUGAAAUCAUUUCAGGACGAGCGUGUACACUUCAACAUUUUCCAAGUUCCUCUGGAGAAACACGAAGUACAUGCCAUGUGGAAUGAAUUUAUUGAUUUGUGGAUGUACCAGUCAAGGACUGCGUCAAAACUACAAAUGUUUUUUAAAACUAUAGCCGUGAUGAACCGUGUAAGCGCUCAUAACUAUGUCAUAUGUGAUGGCAUUUUACGCAACCCGAUGUUAAUUGAUACAUUGAAAGACGCCAAAUUCGAGGUUAUUCUAUCUGAUCCUAUGAUGCCCUGCGGUGAUGUUUUGGCAGAAGUUUUAGACAUACCGUUUAUUCUAUCCUUGAGACUCUCAUUUGGCUAUGUAUUUGAGAGGCAAUGCGGCCAAUUGCCAACACCUCCAUCAUAUGUACCUGCGGUACCAGCACAGUUCACAGACCAUAUGGAAUUUAUGGAGAGGUUGCAAAAUUUUGUGAUGUAUGGAGUCCAUACUGCCAUAUUUCACCUGCACACCAUGCUAACGACGAAUAAUUAUUUAAGUGAGAUCAGAGGUAAACCAACGAAAUUAUGUGAUGUCCUUGGUAAAGCUGAUAUUUGGUUGAUCCGGACCUACUGGGAUUUUGAGUUCCCCCGACCUCUUCUCCCCAAUUUCAAAUUUGUUGGAGGCCUGCACUGCAAGCCAGCAAAGCAUCUUCCAGAGGACAUGGAGGCAUUUGUGCAAAGUUCUGGGGAUGAUGGUAUUGUGGUGUUCUCUUUGGGAUCCAUGAUAAAGAACCUCACUAUGGAGAGAGCAAACACAAUAGCCUCUGCACUUGGAGAAAUACCUCAGAAGGUAUUGUGGAGGUACAGUGGUGUAAAGCCAGAGACACUGGCUCCCAAUACAAGACUUUAUGACUGGCUUCCCCAAAAUGACCUUCUAGGCCAUCCCAAGACCAAGGCCUUCAUAACCCAUGGUGGCACCAAUGGGCUCUAUGAGGCUAUCUAUCAUGGAGUGCCCAUGGUGGGCAUCCCCCUGUUCGCUGACCAGCCUGAUAAUCUGAACCACAUGAAGGUGAAAGGGGCGGCUGUCAGUCUGGAUUUCAACAAAAUGGAAAGUAAAGAUUUGGUGGAUGCCCUCAACUCAGUGAUAAGUGAUCCCUCAUAUAAGGAAAGCAUCAUGAGGCUCUCCAGGAUUCACCAUGACCAGCCAAUGAAACCUCUGGAUGAGGCCGUAUUCUGGAUAGAGUUUGUCAUGCGCAAUAAAGGAGCGAAGCACCUUCACGUUCAGUCCCACGACCUCAGCUGGUACCAGUACCAUUCUCUGGAUGUUAUGGUAUUCCUGCUUGCCAUAGUGGGACUGUUUAUUUUUAUUGUAGUAAAAUCAUGUUGCUUCUGCUUCAGAAGAUGUUUUGGGAAAAGUCUCCUUAAAAAGAAAACAGAGUGACAUUUAUAUAUAUAUAUAUAUAUAUAUAUAUAUAUAUAUAUAUAUAUUAAAAAAAAACUAAAGUUUGUAUCAUGGAAAAAUGUGCACUGUCAUGUUGGAUGGUAUCCAACACAGCAAUUAUGCAAGUAACUGGGUGUAAGGGGUGUAUUUGCAUUCAAUCAAUGUUCAAAUGUAAUUUAAAGAUCAUGACCUUUUUAGAUGAUAUUUACAGUAUAUGCAAGUGAAUGUCUGUAUAGGGGUCUUUUCAGAGAAUAUCCUACAAAUUAGUUUUAAAAAAAAAUGAAAAAAUGAACAGGUGAAACACAACAAGCAAGUUUACGAACUUGCUUUGAACAAAUAAACACCAUCAUCAAAAUAUUGUGUGUAUCUGUUAUGAAUGCUGCUUCCUGUCUGUUGUGUGUACAACAUAAAAGAUGACAGGAACAAAAUGGGUGCCUCUUAUUUGGGCUUUUAUACGUCCUCCCUCGCUCCUCGGACCUCGAUCCUCACUGAUCUGAUGGGGCGGCAACAAUGGGAUAGUGUCUAUCCAGUGUUAACUAUAGAUCAGUGGGAACGCCCCUUGAGGAUCGAGGACAGAUGUUGAGAGGCACCC